CCUCUGCGACAGUCUCCCGAGGUGCCUCGCUCCUAGCGGCACGGACGAGAGCUCCGAGACAAGCAAGAUGGCGGACGUACUGGAUCUUCACGAGGCCGGGGGCGAGGAUUUCGCCAUGGAUGAGGAUGGGGACGAGAGCAUCCAUAAACUAAAAGAAAAAGCGAAGAAACGGAAGGGCCGCGGCUUUGGCUCCGAAGAGGGGUCCCGAGCGCGGAUGCGAGAGGAUUAUGACAGCGUGGAGCAGGAUGGUGAUGAACCUGGACCCCAGCGCUCUGUUGAAGGUUGGAUCCUUUUUGUCACCGGAGUCCACGAAGAAGCCACCGAGGAAGAUAUCCAUGACAAAUUCGCUGAAUAUGGGGAGAUAAAAAACAUCCACCUUAACUUGGACAGGCGCACCGGAUACUUGAAGGGAUAUACUCUAGUUGAGUAUGAAACAUACAAAGAAGCUCAGGCUGCCAUGGAGGGACUCAAUGGUCAAGAUUUGAUGGGACAGCCAAUCAGUGUUGACUGGUGUUUUGUUCGGGGUCCACCAAAGGGCAAGAGGAGAGGUGGCCGAAGACGAAGCAGGAGUCCAGACCGGAGACGUCGUUGAUAGAUCCUCCGUUCCCCAGGUGGUCUCCACGAGACCAUUUGGUUAUACUGCCUUGCAUAAAUAGGGCCAGGGUAGAACUUGUGUUUAUAUUUAAUUUCUUACCCAAUCUUCUUAGUAUUGCUUUGAGUUAAAGAAAUAAAUGUUCCAUUUUGUUUCCUACAUUUAAACACACUUUGCUGUUCUGAAGAUUGAUGAGCUGUUUGCCGUAAGGCGUUCUGAGUCAUUGGGAAGAUGCUCCUAUCUGGAGGGAAUACUGAGUUUCUAGAAAGGCUCAGGUAUAGACUCUGCUCAUUUCUUCUUUGAAGACAAGGGAACAGGGGUAGUGAGAAUUUUUUUCAAUUUUUUUAUGGCAUUAAGGAGUGAUUCUUAUUUACUCUUAUGAGCAGAUAUUAGUGCUUCUCUUUCAGACAGUCUUGUGUAUUCCAGGAUGGCCUUGAACUCAUUGUGUAGCUGAGGAUGACCUUGAAUUUCUGAUUACUUUGCCUCUGUCUCCCAGGUGCUAAAAUUUCAGGCAUGGGCCCCAUACCCAGUUUAUGUGGUCCCUAUAAUUAAAACAUGGGGCUUUUGAGUGCGCUCAGCUAGCUCUGCCUUAUAUGGUGCUGAACAUGAAGUUUGUUAGAUCCUACAACACAAAAGAAACCACACUUGAUUAUUAUGUAACAGCGCACUUCUAAAAAGGACACUGCAGCCCGUCAGUGGUGGCAUACCCCUUUAACCCCAGCAUUCGGGAGGCAGAGGGAUCUCUGAGUUCGAGGCCAGCCUGGUCUACAGAGUGACUUCACAGCUAGGGCUACACAAAGAAACCCUGUUUAGAAAAACAAAACAAAAAAUAAAUAUAUAGCUGUCUCUUAACAUAGGUUUUAGUUGAAAUAACUUUUUGAUAUGUGUAUAAUAACUUUGUGGAAUUUUUUGUUGUUUUAAAGUCUGUGUGGGUCACUAUGUGGUCACAUUGGCCUCAGACUUAAGAUACUCCUGUCUCUGUCUCCUCAGUGCAUAAUGGCAAAUAUUAAACAACAUUUUUUCAGA